AUGGCUUACUAUGAGGAACACCGGUACCAGGCCCCGCGCGACCGUACCCGCCCAGUCAGCUACGCUCCAGACUAUUAUGACACCCCUCGCUAUUCAAGGUACGAACGAGAAGUCUACCCUGAUGGAUCAGUCGAGGAAAUUCAGCGCGAUUAUCCACCCGGCGAGGGGUAUGUCUAUGAGCGUGGUUACGACUCGAGGCGAUCGCGGCGCCCGGUUUAUGAGAAUGUGCGCCGUGCUUCCUCUGUCAGUGGUGAUCCGUAUUACGAUGGGUAUCGCUCACGCGCUCAACCAUCACGCCAAUACGAUGAUCGUCGCCCGCGCCGCUCUAGAUACUCUCCAUCGCCUAGCCCAUCUCCACCCCGCCAUAGACGCCGCAAGUCAUUCAGUGAACAAGCAAUGAGUGCCCUCGGUCUAGGAGCUGCCUCGUCCAGAUACAGCAGUGACCGUGGCCGUGGUCGCGGAUCAUCUCGCCAUCGCCGCUACUCCUCAGACUCUCGAUCGCGUAGCCGCAGCCGCAGCCGCAGUCGUGAUCGCGAUCGCAAACACCGUGAACGCAGCCAAGGGCGUAUUGCUCAAGCCGCUCGUGCCGCGCUCACAGCCGGUGCCGUUGAAGCCUUCCGGUCUCGCAAAGACCCCGGUGAAUGGACUGGUGAAAAGGGCAAGCGGAUCCUGACCGCUGCUGUCACGGCUGCUGGGACUGAUGGUCUCGUUGACCGCGAUCCCAACAAGCACAGCAAACGGCAUGUGGUCGAGUCUACUUUGGCAGGUCUUGCCGCCAGUCAUUUCAUGAAUGGAGGCCGAUCUCAGUCCCGAGGCCGUAAUUCCCGCGGUAGACGAAAGUCUAGCAGUGGCUUCAAAGACAUAGCAGCCUCUGGUGCGCUCGCAGCUGCCGGCAAAGAAAUCUAUGACCGUAUCUCUCGCUCCCGGUCUCGUCCUCGCGGACGAGGCUCAUCCUCAGGUAGCGAUGAUGACCGACGCGGCACAAAGAAGCGCAGCAAGAGUGUCUCAGACUACCUCAACAAAGGCAUGGCGGCCUUGGGUCUAGGCGAAGAAGGAAAGCGUGCAGACGAACGGCGCGAGAGCGGUGACCGGCGACGACACCGACACCGUGACUCCCGACGUCGCGAUCGUUCCAACUCUUAUUCCGACUCCGACGCAGAUAGUGACUACCGAAGCAGCAGCAGCAGGGAUCGGAGACGGGGCAGAGGCUCGAGAGAUGUAGGUCGAUAUCGUUCCGUGGAUGGAAGACUAUCCCAACCCUUUUACCCCUAUAACAAUAGGAGAUCGCUACCCACUAGCGCGCCGCGCGGAGAGUCCGGAGGCGACGGCGCAGCAACAACUAAAGCGAUCGCCCAAAGGCAUUCCAGUUCCGAGAGUGAUUCUGACUUAGGUGACAGUGAUGAGGAGAGAAAGAAACACAAGAAGAUGCAGCGCGACAUGCUGUUGACCGGUGGCUUGGCCACCGUGGCUACUGUGCACGCGGCACAUAGUGUUUAUGGAGGUAUUCAGAAACGGAAGAAGCGAAUGAAGGAACUGGAGGAGGGGAAGAUCUCGCCAGAGGAGGCACACAAACGCAAGAUCAAGGCCAAUGCGUUGGACGCCUUCAGUGUCGGCUUAGCAGCGCUGGGUAUCAAGGGGGCAUAUUCGGAGUGGAAGGAGGUUAACGAGAAGCGGAAGGAACAUAAGCAUUUCCAGGAAGAAUGUUGCGAGCGGGCGAGGAAGAGGCAUGAGAAACGGGCGCGCAGUCAUGGCCCGCCUAGGCGGACUCGGUGGCCUGAUGAGAUUGAGUAUCCACCCUCGAGGACUGCUUCGCUUGCCUAUAACGAAACUUCGAGCGAACCUGCACGGAUUUCUUAUUAG